AUGGCAAUAUCAGCACGUUGCUUUGGGUUGCGCCAUAACAAGCCAUGCCGCUACGCGAUGACUCCCUGUACUUAUUUCCUCGACAAAGCGUCACAAUCCAGAGAAGACGCCCCCAACUCCUUUCCCCAUGAAACUUCCCUCAUCCCCGCGUCGUCCGACGCCUUCCCCGUAUCUUGGCCAGCCCCAGACAUUGGAGAUCCCCCCGGUCACCUCGGAUUACCGCUUUUGUGA